AUGACAUUCUUCGAUGACAUUCUGUGUUUCAGUAUAGCUGCAGUUAUUCCAGAUUGCAGACCCGAGCUGAAACCGUACGUUGGUCAGGUGUUUGAAACAUUAGACGAAGGAAUUUCCUUUUAUGAAGCAUAUGCCAACGACUGCCGUUUUGAUACUCGAAGAUUUGGACACAAAUACGCAAAUGGUAUCAAAACCUGGCAGACCAUCGUGUGCAGCAGGCAAGGUGAAAAGUGGGAUGUCGACGAAGAGGGUAGUUCUACCAAACGUAGACGCCGUUCUAGCAGAUGUCAUUGUAAUGCCAAACUUACGUUGAAGUAUAUAACCGAUUCCGGCAGUGCCCGAUAUGCUGUAAGCAACUUUGUAGACCAACACAAUCAUGAUAUGGUCGAUACAAAGCAUGUCCGAUACAUGAAAUCCAACCGUAACCUUGGGGAUAUCCAUUAUAAAUUCCUGCAGGACUGCACAAAGGCCAACAUUGGACCUACAAAGACUUUCAAUUUAUUGAAGGAGUUCUUGGGUGGUUAUGAUGCUGUGGGUUGUACCGUUACUGAUCUACGGAAGCGCGACAUAUUGCAAGAGAUGAACGGCGCUGAUGUCCAAAUGAUUUUAAAUCAAAUGGAGGAGAAGAAGAACACCAGUGACGGUUUUCAUUACAAAUUCCAGCAAAGUAGUGAUGGAAAGUUACUUAGUCUUUUUUGGUGUGACGCUGUGUCGCGAAAGAACUACAAGAUGUUCGGUGACAUUGUAUCCUUUGAUACUACGUACUCAACAAACAGGUAUUGCAUGGUGUUUGGGCCAUUCACUGGAAAAGACAACCACGGAUGCCCUGUUACGUUUGGUGCCGGUUUCUUGUCAAAUGAGGGAGCUGACUCAUUCUCUUGGUUGCUCAGUGAGUUUGUAGAAUGUAUGGGUUUCGCGCCUAAGUUGAUAAUAACUGACCAGGAUUGGGGGAUGAAACUUGCCAUAGAACGUGUGCUAACUAGUACUAGGCAUCGUUGGUGCAUGUGGCACAUUAUGAUGAAGCUUCCUGAAAAGGUUCCCAAAAGUGUACUUGCCAACGAAGAGUUGAAGAAGGAUUUAGACUCUUGUAUAUGGUCUGAAUUGUUGGAGCCAGAGGAAUUUGAAGAAACUUGGCUGACCAUUAUGGACCAAUAUGGUUUACAAAACGAAUCUUGGUUCACAACUAUGUUCACACAACGAGAGUAUUGGAUUCCAGCAUAUUUUAGGGAUUUCCCAAUGGGGUCGUUGUUAAAGACAACAUCAUUCUCUGAGUCCGAGAACAGUUUUUUCAAAAGGUACACAAAACCACACUUUAAUCUUGCUGACUUUGUGAUGCACUACAACAGCGCGUUGGAUGCUCAACGUAACAUAUCAGAAAGACUCGAUUUCUCUGAUGCUACAAAAGUCCCCAUCAUGUCAACGGAGCUCUUAUUUGAGAAACACGCAGCGGCUAUGUAUACAGAUCGCAUCUUUCAGCAAGUUCAAGAUGAGAUCGUCGAGGCGCAUCGACGUUGCAGAAUGACUCACUUUGAGAUGGAGGACAAUACUGAGAUAUACACAAUAACGGACAGCCAUCGAAACAAAGGUGUUGUCCGUCACGAAGUUGGCACUGAAUCGUACCAUUGUGAUUGCAAGUUGUUUGUGCGGCGUGGAAUAUUAUGUUGCCACAUUUUUUGGUUGUUCAAGAACCAUGACGUGAAGGAAUUACCAGAACCAUAUAUUGGUACAAGGUGGUUGAAGACGCCUUUGUUGAAAUCAGUCCACUGUGAUCCUAGUGACGAAGCAUCGUCGACACAGAGCAAUGAAGAUGACAUUGUUGCGUUAUUCGACGGAAUGGAAGAACUAAGUGAAAAACUCUUCGGGGAUACUGUACCUUUAGUGUCUUCGAUGAAUAAAGCACAGAGGAUUGAGAAUCUGUAUGGGUCAGCUCGACCGAGUGUUGUUAGCGUGCACCCUCCCAAUGUAGUCAGUACAAAGGGUUCCGGCAGCCGUUCUGGAAGAAGAAUCAAAUCAGCAUUAGAGAAGGCUAUCAUACUACAGAACAAACCUAAGAGGCGAUGUGCAAAGUGUGGAGAAGUGGGUCAUCACGAUGCAAGGACUUGUGGUAGGGAGAAAGGAAAGUCCAAGAUGUAG